GUAGAGACUAGAGGGUGAGGUAGCCUUACUUCGUUACCGCCAACACUGAAACAUAAAGCAGAACUCUUUCACUUCCUCACAUACAAAGAAGCAACAAAACUCUUUCAAGAAUGGCAAACUCCCUUUGCUUCACCCCCGUUUGUUGCUUCCAGUCUCCAAACAAGCUAGGAGUAGGUAUCGAUAAUUCAGUUGCUCGAAAAUCUAUCAGGGUGAAUGAAGUGUUUCAGAACUCAAGAGCUGCCAAAAUUCGAUCUUUGGAGGUUAAGGCUACAAAUAAUGAUCAAGGUGCCAAACCAAAGAGCAUACUCUGUGCUGAUUGUGAUGGAAAUGGUGCCAAACAAUGUUCUCAAUGCAAAGGUACUGGAGUUAAUUCUGUAGAUCAUUUCAAUGGACAGUUUAAAGCCGGUGCAUCAUGUUGGCUUUGCAGAGGGAAAAGAGAGAUUUUGUGUGGGAACUGUAAUGGAGCUGGGUUUAUUGGUGGAUUCAUGAGCACGAUUGAUGAAUAAGAGGCAGUAAGAUUGUGCCUGCCUGCCAAGCUCUGUGUUAAAUUAGUUUUUGUUAUGUUUGUACUUUAAAUGGCAGUAACAUGAUACUUCAUAGGACAUUUCCUGAUGUAUGAAGAAAGUCUUGUGCCAUUUUUGUGUAGUGGAAUUUCCAAAUCAACCAGGAUUACCAAAAUUUUUAAGUGUUGAUGUAUUUGUUUACCUAUUUUCUCUAUUGAUGGUGUAAGUGAAGUUCUUUGUGCGUUCA